GAGAGCAAGCCAGAACAGGUCCGCGUCCUCGCGGCCACUGCCGGCGGUGGGAGGGGCGCGGCGGCCUCUCCGCGGGCAGACCCGCGUGCAGAUCGGCUGGGAGCUGCCGGCGAGAAACUCCCGUGCAUUCGCCGGGAGCUGCUGGACUUCCACGCCCUUCUCCCGCUCCAAGCCAGCUUGAAGGAGCGGUUUCCUCGAAGGAAGGUGCUGUAAACUACAAUGACCCUGUGUUAAUACCGCAGAUAUCAUAGUGGAACUGAAGGGAACUUAAUUUACUGAUACCCAGGAAAACUGAAUAACUCUCCAAAGUGGCCCAAGUGAUCGUCUGAAAAACAUUAUUCAUCAAAGACAAAAGAAAGAUAUUUGGUGGCAGGAGAGGAGGCCAAUUAAGGAAGUUUAUCAAGAAAAAUCAUAGUAAACAAGGGUUUGUUUGUUUGUAGCCAGCUUCCCAUCAAAAGUAAGAGAAGACAUUAAAAUUUUCAUUCUUUCUGGGCUGCUUCCUUCCUGAAGAGCAAUGGAGGCAUUGUUAAGUGGAAGAGGAUUAAUCACAUCUCUGAUUUUCUUCCUGUUAAAAUUCUCAACAGCUGUUGAUAUACCACUUUCAGUUCAACAGGUUCCAACAAUCGUGAAGCAGUCAACAGUGCAAGUUGCCUUUCCUUUUGAUGAAUAUUUUCAAAUUGAAUGUGUAGCUAAAGGAAAUCCAGAACCAAAAUUCUUGUGGAAUAAGGAUGACAAGCCUUUUAAUCUCUCUGACCCUCGGAUAAUUGUAUCUAACAAUGGGGGGACUUUCAGGAUACCAAAUGACGGGCACAUAUCUCACUUUCAAGGAAAAUACCGCUGCUUUGCUUCUAAUAAGCUGGGGAUUGCUAUGUCAGAAGAAAUCGAGUUUAUAGUUCCUAAUGCUCCAAAAUUCCCCAAAGAAAAAAUUGACCCUCUUGAAGUGGAGGAAGGUGAUCCAAUUGUCCUUCCAUGCAACCCUCCCAAAGGUCUGCCACCUUUACACAUUUACUGGAUGAAUAUUGAAUUAGAACACAUUGAGCAAGAUGAGAGAGUAUACAUGAGCCAAAAGGGAGAUCUGUACUUCGCAAAUGUGGAGGAAAAGGACAGUCGGAAUGAUUACUGUUGCUUUGCUGCGUUCCCGAGAUUGAGGACUAUUGUGCAGAAAAUGCCAAUGAAACUAACAGUUAACAGUUUAAAGCAUGUUAAUGACUCGAGUUCAUCCACAGAAAUUGUUUCCAAGGCAAAUUCGAUCAAGCAGAGAAAACCCAGACUAUUGUUGCCUCCUCCUGAAAGUGGCAGUGAGUCUUCUGUUACCAUCCUCAAAGGGGAGACCCUGCUGCUCGAGUGUUUUGCUGAAGGCCUGCCAACUCCACAAGUUGAUUGGAACAAAAUGGGAGGUGAUUUACCAAAGGGAAGAGAAACAAAAGAAAAUUAUGGCAAAACUUUGAAGAUAGAGAAUGUCUCCUAUCGGGACAAAGGAAACUAUCGCUGCACAGCCAACAAUUUCUUGGGAUCAGCCACUCAUGAUUUUCACGUUAUAGUAGAAGAGCCCCCUCGCUGGACCAAGAAACCUCAGAGUGGUGUAUACAGCACGGGGAGCAGUGGGAUCCUGCUGUGUGAGGCUGAAGGAGAGCCUGAGCCCAUGAUCAAGUGGAGAGUCAACGGCUUACCAAUUGAGAGAAAUCCAUUUUCUGGUGAUGUCAUCUCUCCCGGGGAAAUCAGUUUUACCAACGUACAACCGAAUCACACCGCUGUGUACCAGUGUGAAGCUUCAAAUGUCCAUGGCACUAUCCUCGCCAAUGCCAAUAUCGAUGUUGUAGAUGUUCGUCCACUGAUACAAACGGCAGAUGAAGAAAACUAUGCUACAGUGGUUGGAUACAAUGCUUUCUUACACUGUGAGUUCUUUGCUUCACCCGAGGCAAUAGUGUCCUGGCAGAAAGUGGAAGAAGCAAAACCUCUCGACGGCAGAAGGUAUCAUGUCCAUGAGAAUGGCACAUUACAGAUCACCGAGACCACAGAAGAAGAUGCUGGUUCCUACUCUUGUUGGGUAGAAAAUGCUAAAGGAAAAACAGCAGUCACAGCCAACCUGGAUAUCAGAAAUGCUACAAACCUUAGAGUUUCUCCUAAGAAUCCUCGGGUCCCCAAAUCACAUACACUGGAAUUACACUGUGAGAGCAAAUGUGACUCACAUCUGAAAAACAGCUUGAAGUUGUCCUGGAGUAAAGAUGGAGAAGCCUUUGAAAUUAACGGCACCGAGGAUGGCAGGAUAAUUAUUGAUGGAGCUAAUCUGACGAUAUCUAAUGUCACCAUGGAAGAUGAAGGUAUAUACUCAUGUUCCGCUCACACUGCUCUGGACAGCGUUGCUGAUAUGACGCAAGUAACUGUCCUUGAUGUUCCGGAUCCACCAGAAAACCUUCACUUGUCGGACAGACAGAACAGAAGUGUUCGACUGACGUGGGAGGCUGGAGAUGACCACAGUAGCAACAUCAGCGAGUAUAUUGUAGAAUUUGAAGGAAACAAAGAGGAGCCUGGAAGGUGGGAAGAGCUGACUCGAGUCCAAGGAAAGGAGACAACAGUCGUGCUGUCUUUGGCUCCAUAUGUGAGAUACCAGUUCAGGGUCAUAGCCAUGAAUGAAGUUGGGAGAAGCCAGCCUAGCCACCCAUCAGGCCAUCACGAAACACCCCCAGCAGCUCCAGACAAGAAUCCACAAAAUAUAAGAGUUCAAGCUUCUCAACCCAAGGAAAUGAUUAUCAAAUGGGAGCCUCUGAAAGCCAUGGAGCAGAAUGGACCCGGACUGGAGUAUAGGGUGACCUGGAAGCCGCAGGGAGCCCCGGUGGAGUGGGAGGAAGAGACAGUCACCAACCACACCCUGCGGGUGAUGACACCUGCUGUCUACGCGCCAUACGAUGUCCAGGUCCAAGCCAUCAAUCACCUGGGCUCUGGCCCUGAGCCACAGUCAGUGAUUCUCUAUUCUGGAGAAGACUAUCCUGAUACAGCUCCAGUGAUCCAAGGGGUGGAUGUUGUAAACAGCACAUUAGUUAAAGUCACCUGGUCAACAGUUCCAAAGGAAAGAGUACACGGACACCUGAAAGGAUAUCAGGUAAACUGGUGGAAGACAAAAAGCCUGUUGGAUGGAAGGGCACAUCCCAAAGAAGUAAACAUUCUGAGAUUUUCAGGACAAAGAAACUAUGGAAUGGUUCCUUCUCUGGAUGCCUUUAGCGAAUUUCACUUAACAGUCUUAGCCUAUAAUUCCAAAGGAGCUGGUCCAGAGAGUGAGCCUUUUAUAUUUCAAACACCAGAAGGAGUACCUGAACAACCAACUUUUCUCAAAGUCAUCAAAGUUGAUAAAGACACUGCCACUUUGUCCUGGGGGCUACCCAAGAAACUGAAUGGAAAUUUGACUGGAUAUCUAUUGCAGUACCAGAUAAUAAAUGACACUGAUGAAAUUGGAGAGCUAAAUGAUAUCAACAUUACAACUCCAUCAAAGCCCAGCUGGCGUCUCUUGAACCUCAAUGCAACCACCAAGUACAAAUUCUACCUGAGGGCUUGCACGUCAAAGGGCUGUGGGAAACCAGUCACUGAGGAGACUGCUACAUUAGGAGAAGCCAGUAAAAGUGUCGGGAAGAUAUCAGAAGGAGUAAAUCUUACUCAAAAGAUUCACCCAGUAGAGGCAUUUGAGCCGGGAGCUGAACAUGUAGUCCGCCUUUUGACUAAGAGUUGGGUUGCUAACAAUAGCAUUUUUGAAGAUGUCAUUGAGACAAGAGGGACAGAAUAUGCUGGUCUGUACGAGGACAUCUCCACUCAAGGCUGGUUUAUCGGGCUGAUGUGUGCAGUUGCUCUGCUCACACUAAUAUUGUUAACUGUUUGCUUCGUGAAGAGGAACAGAGGUGGGAAGUACUCAGUGAAAGAAAAGGAGGAUCUUCAUCCAGACCCUGAAGUUCAGUCAGCAAAAGAUGAAACCUUUGGAGAAUACAGUGACAGUGACGAAAAACCUCUCAAAGGCAGCCUUCGGUCCCUUACCAGGGAUAUGCCGGCCACAGAGAGUGCCGACAGCUUAGUGGAGUACGGAGAAGGUGACCACGGUCUCUUCAACGAGGAUGGCUCUUUUAUUGGUGCCUAUGCUGGCUCUAAGGAGAAAGGGUCUGUGGAAAGCAAUGGAAGUUCCACCGCAACGUUUCCACUCCGAGCAUAAACAGAGCGCGUGGCAACAAACCAGUGGUUCAUACCAACCUUCCAGAUUUAACUGUUCAAGGGAACAAGAACUUCCUUAUAGAAUAGAAACAUUCUGGCAGAAGCUUUCACCCAGAAUUCAAACAUCCUGCAACUCUGUUAAGAAAAAGAGCACUGCCUUGAAAAAGUGAAAAUACCUACCACUAUAGGCCUGUAGUUUUUUUUUUUUUUUUUU